UUGCCAGAAAGAUGUCCCGACUCUUAGUAACUUGUUUCUUCAUUGGCAUUUGCAAGAGUUCUCUUUGCCAAGUAGCGCUUGGCACAGGAUUUGGAAACAAUCUUGCAUUUAGCAACGGACUGGCAGCCAAUGGAAUCGCAAAUAAUUUAGCUUACGGAAACGGGUUGGGCUUCAAUAACGGCUUAGCUAAUCCCAUUGGCAGUGUUAUUGCUGGUAAUGCGAUAGCAGCUACAGCUAAUGCCGCUGCUGCGAAUGCUAUCGCUGGCAACAAUGCUGCCGCAAUCAAUGCUGCUGUCGAAAACGCUGCUGUGGGCGUAAACGGCUUAUCACUUGCUGGCUUGCCGAUAUCUGGAGUAUCCCCACUCGGUUAUGGCGAUGUAGCUGUAGGAGGGGAGCUGCCAGUAGGUGGUGCUACAGCUGUGGCUGGCAAUGUGCCUGUGAUCGGUUUUGUAACCUUCGAGGGUACUGUGCCAGCUGGGGGCAUGGUGAGUGUGGCCAGCAAUUGUGGGUGCAACGGUCAAACCGUCUAUUAAUGUGUUCAUCUGUGAUUUGAUAUAGCUCUUUAUUUAUUUAGUAAAAUAUUUAAUUUAAUAAA